UGUUGAAGGCCAAUUCGACAACCAUUUAGCUAAAAAUUACACCAAAACCCCAUUCAAAUGGUCCAUUUAUCUCUCCCAUUUGUUACUGUCGCAUUUGCUAAACUACCACAUGUAAAAAAUCACUUUGGAUUACAAAAGAAUGGCAGUUUUUGUAGCCCAGUUGGAUGUAUGACUGAUCCCAUAAUGUCCAAUGAAACCAUAAUUAGGCGAUCUGCAAAUUACCGACCUCCAAUUUGGGACUUUGAUUUUGUCCAAUCACUCAAGAGUGAAUUUGUGGGGGAGUUGAACAUAAAACGAAUUGAUAAGCUGAAAGAAGAUGUGAAGAUGAUGCUUAACAAAACCAUGGCUCCUUCAGAUCAGCUUGAGCUAAUCGAUACAUUGCAGAGACUUGGAUUGGCUUACCAUUUUGGGGAUGAAAUCAAGAGAAUAGUGAAAAGCAUUUACAAUUCCCAUCGCAAUGAUAAUACCUGGAUGAAGGAGGACUUGCAUACUAUAGCUCUUCAAUUUAGACUCCUAAGACAACAUGGCUAUAACAUAUCUCAAGAAAUAUUCGAUAUCUUCAGAGAUGAAUUGGGAAACUUCAAAGAAUGUCUCCAUGAGGAUAUUGAAGGAAUGCUAUCUUUAUAUGAGGCAUCGUACCUUCUAGAAGAAGGAGAAAACAUUUUAGAAGUUGCAAGAGAAUUUGCAGCCAGUUGUCUGAAGAAGUAUAUUCAAGUGAACAAAGAUCAGUUGUUGUCAAUGAUAGUAAGUCAUUCACUGGAAGUCCCUCUUCAUUGGAGGAUGCCAAGGCUGGAGACAAGAUGGUUUAUAGAUAUAUAUGAGAAAAAGCAGGGCAUGAAUCCUCUUCUACUUGAACUUGCUAAAUUAGAUUUCAACAACGUGCAAGCAACCUAUCAUGAGGACCUAAAAUAUGUCACAAGGUGGGAUGUUAAUGCAAUGGACCAGCUUCCUGAAUAUAUGAAGUUAUGUUUCCUAGCUCUCCAUAACUCAAUCAAUGAAAUGGCUUAUGAUGCCCUUAGGGAACAAGGAUUCCAUAUCAUUCCCUACUUGAAGAAAGCUUGGGCAGAUUUAUGUAAAUCAUACUUAGUGGAAGCCAAGUGGUACUAUAUUGGAUAUACACCAACUCUGCAAGAAUACAUGGACAAUGCAUGGAUUUCUAUAUCAGCCCCUGUUAUUUUAGUCCAUGCUUAUUUUCUUGAAGGAUCUCCAAUCACAAAUGAAGCUUUGAAAUCCUUGAAGGAGUAUCCAGAUAUAAUCCAAUGGUCAUCUAUGAUUCUUAGAUUUGCAGAUGAUCUUGGAACAUCUUCAGAUGAACUAAAGAGAGGUGAUAAUCCUAAAUCAAUACAAUGUUACAUAUAUGAAACUGGAGUUUCAGAACUAAAAGCUCGUGAGCACAUUCAAUACUUAAUUGGCGAGACAUGGAAGAAAAUAAAUAAAGAACGAGAAUAUAUAGAUAGUCCAUUCUCAAAAAUAUUUAUUGAAGUGGCAACUAACCUAGCUAGAAUGGCACAAUGCAUGUACCAGCAUGGUGAUGGACAUGGAAUAGAGGAUGGUGAGACUAAGGAUCAUGUUCUAUCAUUACUUGUGAAACCUAUUCCUAUGUAGAUAUUUGUAUCCUUUCCAUGACCCAUUUAGUCAUAUGUCCACAUGCCUCCAUAUAUGUGGAGAUAUUUGAUAUUGGAGAUUGUUAUAAGUUUGUUUUGUUGAUUGGGAGAA